AGCAUCGGUUAGUCACUCCUGAUAGGUCGGUCAGCCAUGACACGUGGAGAGCAGCUUAAUGUGCUUUUGUCUUGUUUAUUGACAUUUACAACUCAGUGAGACGAGGAAUGUCGUCUGAAUGACAUGCUUGAAAGAUACAGCCGUCAUAUGCUACUGAACUGAUAUGGUUGUAUUUGAAAGGAAGCAAGGAAUCCUCUGAGAAGGAGAGAGAAAAGCUGAACGCUCCAUCUGAAAAGCAACUCAACAUCUUCAACAAUGUUUUCUUGUGAAAUAGCCAAGAAGAAAAAGGUGGAAACCACGAGGAAGAAUUACCAGUGUAAAAUCUGCAACAAAUCUUUUAAAUGCACUGCCAAACUUAUCAUACACGAACGGAUACACACGGGGGAAAGACCUUUUCACUGUGAUAUUUGUGGUAAGAAAUUUAUCACAAAAUAUUAUCUGAAGGACCAUGUUCGAACUCACACGGGCGAAAAGCCAUUUGUAUGUAUGUACUGUGGUAAGUCAUUUGCAGUGAAGAGCAACCUAACGAAGCAUAAUCUCACACACACGGGAGAGAAACCUUACCAUUGUGAAAUAUGUGGCAAAAGUUAUACAUGUAGUAAUCAUAUAGUUGAACAUAAACGUACCCACACGGGGGAGAAACCUUACAGUUGUGAAUAUUGUGGUAAGAAAUUUUCUCAAAACUGUAAUUUGAAUAUACAUAAGCGAACUCACACGGGCGAAAGACCUUAUCAUUGUGAGUACUGUGGUAAGAAUUUUGUUCAGCAAAAGGAUUUAACUGGACACAGGUACACGCAUACGGGAGAAAAACCUUUUAGUUGUAUCUACUGCGGCACGGCGUUUGCGGACAGAAGCUGCUUGAAAAAGCACAUACGUAUUCAUACAGGAGAAAGGCUCUACCACUGCGAAGUUUGCGGGAAAAGCUUCAUGAUAAAAUAUGCAUUGAAAGUUCACAAAAGAAUACAUUCUGGAGAGAAACCCUUCUCUUGUGAAGAAUGUAGUAAGACAUUUUCACGUAAGGACCAACUGAUAGCACACAAGAUUUUGCAUACGGGGAAAAAGCCUUUCUGUUGCGAUUUUUGUGGCAAGACUUUCACAUAUCAUAGCUCUUUGAUCAAACACAGGCACACACAUUCAGGCGAAAAACCAUUCCACUGCGAAUAUUGUGGCAAGGCUUUUAUGACCAACUGCACGUUGAAACAGCACAAACGAACACACACGGGGGAAAAACCCUAUCAGUGUAAACACUGCACAAUGGUAUUUGCGCAUAACAGUGCAUUAAGCAGACAUAAACAAAUUCAUCGAUGAAUACAUUCAAAACAAAAUUCUGAUGUAAGAUAACUGAGCUUUUUCUGGUGUGACAGUGGAUGGAGAUUUAUUUUGAUCAAUGGCUCUCAACUCUUGGUUGGUGUAGAAUGUGAGAGAUUGGAAAAACAAGUGCACUUUUUUGCUUUCUUGUCCUAGAAGCUUCUCUAAUGUUCAGGUUUUUACUUAUAAAGCUUAGAAAAACAGGAUCUUUUCGGUUUGACUGGCAGUUUUUUCUAGCGGUGUCAUAUGAAAUUGUCACCCAAUAAUUAUGACCCUAGUAUCGAUCUAUUGCAUUUCAAUCUGUUUUAGGGUUAGGG